AGAAAAACCCUCGGAAGAAUUUUACUUGAGGUAGAGAAAAAGGAGCGCACGGUAGCACAAAAUUUUACGUGGAAGAAGCCGAACCAAGAGUGCAGCAUGCUCAUAUCCUACGCUGGAAUUGAAGGCUCACUUUAGCAUCAAUCAUUGAUAUAUAUCUUUGUUUCAAAAAUCUCGGGAAACUUUGAGGGAUGACAGAUGCAACCUUCGACGGUGGACAUCCAAAUUAACAUUUCAAUCAGAGGUUUAAGAAUGAUUCUCCUCAAGACAUGGAGAUCAGCAGCUUUUGGUGUUUAUGGGUAUCUCAAUUUCACCAAAGCCGCUUAUUUGGAGCACUCCAAAGGAUACAACCCAGAAGAUAUGCAAACGAAAAUAGAGGGAAAGAAUUGCAUAGUCACUGGAGCAAAUUCUGGCAUCGGUUAUGCGACUGCUGAGGGUCUUGCUUCCCGAGGGGCAAAUGUCUAUAUGGUAUGCCGUAGUAAGGAGAGGGGAGAAGCUGCUCGUUCUAAGAUUCAGUCAAUGACUGGUAACGAAAAUGUUUAUUUGGAGGUGUGUGAUCUUUCAUCUGUCAAUGAGAUCAAGUCGUUUACGUCCAGAUUUACUUCAAAGGAUGUUCCCAUUCAUGUUUUGGUUAAUAAUGCUGGCCUGCUUGAGCAUAACCGUAUUACCACCUCAGAAGGCACCAGACAUGAGUUGAAUUUUGCUGUCAAUGUACUGGGCACUUAUACCAUGACAGAAAUGAUGUUACCAUUGUUGGAGAAAGCUGCACCUGAUUCUCGAGUUAUUACUGUUUCCUCAGGUGGAAUGUACUCAACUCCAUUGACUGAAGAUUUGCAGUUUAGCCGUGGCAAUUUUGAUGGGGUGGAACAGUAUGCUCGAAACAAGCGAAUUCAGAUCGCAUUGACUGAAAAAUGGGCUGAAACUUAUAAGGACAAAGGAAUUGGGUUCUACUCAAUGCACCCUGGUUGGGCUGAGACACCAGGGGUUGCUAACAGUCUUCCUGGAUUUUCCAAAUCGUUAUCAGGGAAGCUUAGAACAAGCGAACAAGGUGCUGACACGGUUAUCUGGUUGGCUUUAAUGCGUAAAGAGAAAUUGUUGUCUGGUGCAUUUUAUUUUGAUAGAGUUGAAGCACCUAAACACCUUAAGUUUGCAGCCACCGGGGGCUCUCAUGCUGCUGCUAUGGAUUCCAUUAUCAAUAAUCUUCGUUCUUUGUCGUCUCUUUCUUCAUAGAAUGAAACACAACAAUAAAUCAUGUUGGCUGCAAAAUGAAAGGGAUUUUACUGUAAAAGAUUGCACCAGCCGUGAAUGGAACCUGUGUCUCUACUGUGGCAGGCUACUAUUCUGCCAGUAGACCACAGGUGCUUGUUGUCUCUACAUUGCUUUGCAUUUUAGUUUAUCAUGUACUUAUAGUUAACUUGACACGUCCUCGAAUUUCUUUUUGUCUAUGAGGAAAUUAUAGGUUGUUUGAUGGUAUUA